ACACCAAGAACAAUGCCAACAUCCAACGUUCAAGGUAUUAGGCACCAAGAACAAGCCAACAUCCAAGUACUAUUAGUAGGCACCAAGAACAAAUCUAAUGUUCAACGUAUAAGGUAUUAG